AUGGCGUUUAUUAUCAACGAACAUCUUUUACCAUGCCAGCAUUUGCGGGAGUAUGCUCAUGCUAUUUCCGCUUCAGAAGAAGCCGUUCUGCGUCUUGCGGUCAAGGAAUACAUUCCAAGAGAGAACCCCAACCCAGCACACGGAGAUGUGACAAUCAUCGGCGCUCAUGCUAACGGGUUCACCAAGGAACUGUACGAGCCCUUGUGGGAAGACAUGGUCAAGUCUCUCAAGGAUAUGGGGAUCUCGGUGCGAGCAAUAUGGGUGGCGGACUUUGCAAGUCAAGGUGCCAGCUACGUCCUGAACGAGGCCAAGAUCGGAAACGAGCCUUCCUGGACCGAUCAUUCUCGCGACCUGCUUCAUCUGGUGAAUACAUUCCGCGACAGGAUGCCUCGACCGAUUAUUGGAGUAGGGCACAGCAUGGGGGCCUGUCAGAUUGUGAACCUCGCUUUGAUGCACCCCAGUCUAUUCUCAACCCUAGUGCUGAUUGAACCUGGCAUUAUGCGACAUCACACACUCGAGCGUAACUGGCUUACAGCCAAGGCAUCUGCCGAUCGCCGUGAUCGUUGGCCCAGCAAAGACGCGGCGGUUAACAGUUUGCGAGCCAAGGGCCUGUACCAGAAGUGGGACUCGCGCGUGUUUGAGCGGUUCCAACGAUACGGACUUCGAGAAUUGCCGACUUUGCUGUAUCCUGAGAGCACGGGGGACGAAGUGACACUUACAACACCUAGAUACCAGGAGGUCUUUACAUAUCUGAGAUUGACUACCGCUACGCACGCACAGCCGGACCGACAAACAGCAUCGGACUUUGACCCUUCGGCGGACCAGAUUGCGCCGUUUUAUUGUCCUGCGCCUGUCAUGACUUUCCAUCAACUCCCGCACCUGCGGCCUACCGUUCUUUACAUUUUAGGUAACGAGGUCCACCGUGCUGCCACCGAGAUGGCCAAGGAUAGACUUGAAAAUACUGGAACUGGAGUGGGUGGCUCUGGCGGGAUUGCCUACGGCCACGUCAAGUCUAUCACCCUCGAUGGAAGCCAUCUGUUGCCGCUUGAGAAUGUACGGAAGACCGCAGAAGAAGCAUCUUUCUGGAUUAGCCAGGAGAUGCAACGGUGGAAACGUCUCGCCCACGAGGGAAAGGGAAAAUGGGCGGCUCUAACGUUGGCAGAACGGCAGACAUUCAGUGUGGAAUUUCGCGAGGCUCUGCGGAAAGGGCCUAUAGAACAGCGGUCUCCCAAUAAUAAGCUGUGA